AUGGAGAGUAAGUAAAAUUAAAUCUGUUUAUGAAUAUUUACUAUUGAAAUUCUGACCAUUUUGUUUUAUGAAGUCUGGCUCUUGGCGUAAACAUAUCGAAAAACGUCAAAUAUAUAUUAAUUUCCGUGUUAAUGUCCCAAGAUCAAAUUUUCCCAUUUCUCAUUGAGAUACCCUCGUUUAGUAGCGUGCAUUUGCGGAUUUGGAAAAAUGGCAAAUGUUCACUGACUGUGUCUUAACUCUGAGUCAAAACUAAACAUACAAAUAUUAGAUAAUACUAUAUAGUUUUUCUAUUCAUGUAUUGACCUAAUAAAACACAUUAGUCAAAAAAUUAGAUAAUUAAAAUUCUAACUAUAGAACUUUAAUAAGGUAAGGGAAAAUGUAGGGGUUGAUUUUUAAUAUUUUGACUUUAUUUUUCUCAAGCUUUUAUCAUAAAUGUCACUAGUAUAUUAAAAUGUAUUUGAAAUUAUAUAUUUUAAAAGUUGUUUCUACUAGACCUAACCAUGUAAGGAAUGAUAAAUCAAACCUCAAUAUAAUCAAAAAAAUUGUGCUGCAUACGUUAGUAAAGUUGUACUUUAAUAGGUAGAAUUUAUUGUAUGUACUUAACUUUUCGGUUUCAUUAUGAAAAAUGUAAAAUGUGUAAUUGAAUUAUGCAUUAUUAAAUAGAGAAGAAAAUAAUCUUUUAUUUAAAAUCAAAUUUUGAUUAUAUUUUUAAUUUUAGAAUUUUUAUAAUAUUUAAAAUAGCUUAGGUACACUGGUGUCUUUAGCAAGUGACUGAUUAAUCAGUUGAAAAAGUUAAACAUUAAGUUACUAAUGGAAACAAAGUUUACAAUAUUAAUAAUUUUUGUAACUUUAUGACUAGUUAAAUUCUAUAUUUUAAGAUAUAAUGGUUGUCCUAAACUAUUUAGUUUGCUAAUUUUAUGUAAUUUGUUCUCUUUUUAUAAUUAUAAAAAUACUUUAGUGAAACUACCUAUGUUUUAUAUAAUAUUAAUACAAUUUUCUUAGCUGAAUUGCUGCAAAGUUCAUGGUCACCGUAUACAGAAUUAUUACCCGUAUUGGAAAAUAUCUUUACAAAUGAAAGACCAAAUGUAGCAUUUUUAAAACGCAUUUUACGUGCUGCAAAACCUCAUUUUUUGAAUGUCUUUAAAAAUCCAGUAAGUUCAAGGAAUUUUACCUAUAAUUUUAAUGUAUAAAUAAUAAAUAAUUUUAUUCAAAUAAUGAAUUAAUUGUAGCCAAAAAAUGCCAAAAGUCGAGAACAAAUUAUGAAAGUGUUGGUAGAUGGAAAACCAAUUCAGAAAUUUGAAAUGUUAGCAUUACCUAAAGAGAUGGCAGAAGAAGUACUUAUUCUUUCAGAUAUGUAUGAUUUGGAUGAACUUAUGUCUUUAGAACUUUUAAAUACUGGUAAAUAUAUAUAUAAGUAUAAUUAACAAUUUGCACAUGACAUUAAAUUAUUUUAAAGUAAUAUCUUUGGUUGGAAUAUUAUUGAUUGAAAACUUAAUUAAAUUAUAAUUAUGUAACAGCUCGAUACCAAAAUCCAAAAUAUCCAGAACUUUGUCGAGGUUUAGUUGCAGUUUUAUUGUAUUAUAAUGCACAUCGUAUGUUAGUGUCUUCUUUAAGACUUCUUAUUGAAGGAAGUACUGGUCGUACUUGGGUUCCACGUGUAGAUCCUGCAUGUGCCCAACAUCUUGGCCAAUUUGUUGAUCAAUUAAUGAAUGAUGGAUUAUUUAUUAACAUUAUAAGUAAUUUGAUAUUAGAAAUUUAUUAGGUUUAAUAAUUUAAUGCUUAUUGUUAUAUUUUUAGUUUUGUUGGAGUGUAAAGAUUUGUCUAAAGAAAUUGAAUUGCUUCAAAAAAAUAAAGCUAUUGGUGGUCCCAAACAUCAUCAACUUGUUGUAAGUUUAUUUACUGAAAUUCGUUCUAUGUUAGCAGAAUGCAUUUUUUAUUAUUCUAUUCAAUUUGGACUAUCAAAACAACAAUUAAUUAUGUAAGUUGAACUAAUUAAAAUAACAUUUGAAGACUUCAAAUUAAAUUUAAUACUAUCAUCAUUUAUAAUAUAAUUUUUUAUAUUUUGAUCUAUUGGUUAUAUUUCAUUGUUAAUUUUUUUAUAAGGGUAUACAUUUUUUUUUGUACGAAUGACAAUCUUAAUACUAGACCAUGUUAAUUUAUUUUGAUUUAUUUAGUUUAUUGCAAUACUUACAAAAAAUAAAGCCUGAUGUGGAAUCACAAGGAGUUGUUAGUAAAGUGCCUUUAUUUAUGGUAACAUCAUUUUUAUAUGCUAUUGACUUGGAUUGUAUGAAUAGCACCCAAGAAAUUAGUGGUGGUAAUUUAAAUAUUUGAGAAUAUAUUUGUAUUAUAUAUUAUUUCUUUAAAUAUUUUUUUUAUUAGAUGCUAAGGAACAGUUUUUAUCUUCAGCUCAUGCUGAGCUUAUUGCAAAUGAUUGGGAAUGGCCUGAACUGAAAAGUAUAGCUAUUUUUGGAUUAGCUGUUGCAUUUGCAAAAUUACGUUCUUCGCAACAUGUAUUUAACAAUAAAAAUUUAUUUAAAAUUGAUGAAACAUUAAUCAGUAAUGCUAUGGAUAGUAAAGUAUUUCGAUUUUUAAAUCAAAACGUUGCUCCUUCAGAAUUUCUUCAUUAUGUGGUAUGCAUUUUAAUUUUUACUUUUAUGAUUUAACCAUAAAAUAUUAAACUUUUAUUAUUUAGAAAAUCUCAUUAACUUAUUUAAUUAAUAAUACUAUUCAUGUAAUUUGUUGUUAUGACAAAAAUAUCAUUUAAAAUAUUUAGCUUCUUUUUUCUUCUAAAUUCCAAUUUAGUUAUAAAACUUUUUGAUUUCUGCAUGUUUUUCAUGCCUUUUAUUUAAAGGUACUUUAAUACUAUGAUCUAAACAAAUGAAUGGCCCAUUGUAAAUAAUCUGGUCUAAGGUGCAUAUAUGCAUUAGUUUUUCUUUAGAACAUUUCUUUCUGAUAACGAUAAAAAAGUAAUGAUUAAAGAAAUUAUCUGUUCUCUUUGAAUAAUGUCUGCAUAAAUCAUGAACAAACUAACAUUGAAAAUCGUAUAACCGAAUGUCUACAAAAUUUGUCUUAUUUUUGGACUAUAGUAUAAACACACCUUAAACACCUAAUAUAAUUUCAAAUAUAUAUUACAUUGUAUAGUUCAGCAGUUAUUGUUCCUACAAGAAUUUUAUAAAUAUUUAAUAUUUACUUAGAUUUAUACUUGUACAGUUUAAUCUCUAUCUUAUUUGGUUAAAUAACUUCUACAAUACUGAACUUAGAAAUUUAAAAUCUGGCCUCUUAAAAGCAUGUUAUCGAAUCUCUGUAUAAAUAAUUAUUUUUAUUAUUCAAAUAUCAUUUUAACAUAAUUCAAAUAUGACCUAAUAUAUAAAUAAUUUACAGGAAUUUAUGAUUAAAAAAUUUCACCAAUUAGUCACAGAAUUUAUUGUAAUAAUGCCAUAUACUGUUAAAGAAAUACGCAAUAAAUCAGAUGAAAUAGCACAUACAAUUUUAGUUUAUUACCAAGUAAUUAUAUUUUUAAAAUUAUAUAAAAACUACCUUAAAAAAAACAAUUAUUUUUAGGAAGGAUUAGAGCCUCCAAAUAGCGAAGAAAAUCAUUUUGAGCAAUUAUUAAUGUCUAUGACAUCAUUAUAUGCUAAAGACCCUUUAAAUUUAAAUCUAAAUUUAGACUAUUGGCCACCAUCUCGUGAGCAAUUAAAAACAAUAAAAAUGUCUUCAUUUUUAACGGCCCAAAAAUUUCAAGCAUCAUUAUACAGAUUUAUUUGUCAAACCGGUGACAUGUUGCCUCAUAUGCUUUUUGUACCUUAUUUGAACAUGCUGAGCUCAUUAGCUAUAUCGGAAACUGGAGCUGAAAAUGUGUUUAAUCACUUUCAUUCAAAUGCAACUAAUUCAAAUCUCACUUGGGAUCACUUCUUCAAGACUUUUUUAAGAUAUUAUACAAACUUAAGACAAGAAAAUAUUCCUCCAACUGAUACUGUAUACAAAAGAAGUCAUCAAAAAGGCAUUACUGCUCUUGAAAUACAAGGGCUCCAAGCUGUUUUACAAUUGGUCAGAAAUGUAGCUAGUUAGUAUAUUAUAAUUAAUUAUUAUUAUUAUAUAGUACGUGGUAUUAAAUUACUAAUUAUAUAAAGUUUGGUAAUUAUUGAGCAACAAUCAAUUGAUUUUUUCAUUUAAUAUAUUUAUUUAUAUUUUUAAGAAAGAAAUAAUAAAUUAACUAAAACUUGAAAUAUUUAAAAUACAUUUAUUGAAUACUUUAUAGUAAAAUGUAAAAUUUACUAGUAAUAAUGUUUUUCAUUACUUUACAUGGGUCCAAUUAGAUCUUAUUGAACAAUUAUUUGAUAAAUUGUUUUGGUGCAGGCCAGUACUAGAGCAGAUGCUACAUAAUAUUUUUAAACCAAAUUUCAGUAUUGAUUAUUGUGGUAAAUUAACCCGGUAUAUGUAGCAUUGCUCUCAUAAGUUGUUGAUAAAAUAUAGAAAUUUCUAGUUAGUAAAUUAUGAUGGAAACCACUAUAACUAAUAGCACUAAUCUAUAACUCACUAACAUUACUAAGCUAAUAAAUGCAAUAAAAACUUUGUAUACUCUUACAAUUGUUAAUAAAUAAUACAUUUUAAUUUUAGAGCAUAGUAUUAAGUCAAAAAUAUCUUUUGUGGAACAUUCUGAUUGGGAAACACUUCAGGUUCUAUUGGGUUUAGUAUCAUGUCCAGUAAGAAUUUCACUAAAGGCAGAUUUGAUUUUGACAUUGGCUACUUUAGUUAAGCCACCACCACCUACAACAGCCAUAAAUUUUUGGCAAACUCUUGAAGCAUCUCAGAUGAUUGUAACUGUACCAACAAUUAGUAACUACCAAAGUCGUGGUAUAAUGGUAAAUACUUACUGAUUUAAAAUAGUUUAUAUAAUUUGAUACUAUUUUUAUUUCAUCUAUAUAUUGUUAUACUUUUUUAGACUGAAUUGGAUGAUAUAGAAACUCGCAAUGAAGAAUAUCCUUUAACAAUUGCUUUAUUGACAUUGUUGUCUACUCUUACAGAACAACCAGUUCCAAUUCUUUUGGGUUCAAGUAACCGUAAACCAGGAUUUGAUCCAUAUUUAAAUUUUGUUUUACACAACAUCUUUUUGAAAUGUCUUUCAAGAGGUUAUAAAAAACAAAAUGAAAAGGUAAAUUAAAUAUUGUUAUUGUUAAUACAUUUUAGUAUUAUUAUAUAUUUUUUAACAGUGGGAAGUAAGUGGAUUAUGUUUGGAACUUGCAUUCAAAUUUUUGAACCAAUAUGAGCCUCAGCAAACUGAUUUUGUUGGUAAUAGUGUAAUGUUGCCAGACAAUACUACUAUUAUUGUUAACCCACCACCUGGAUUUCAUAUUAUGACAUAUUUAUGCACAAAUUCUGACUUUUUAAAAACUGUAAGAUCUUAUUUUAAUUAUUAUUAAUUAAAGAAAUAGUAAAUUUUAUUUAAUAAUAUAAAUUUUUAUUUUAUUUAUUUAGAUAUUAAAUAUAAUGCACACUAGUUGUCAAAUGUUUGAUCUUUAUUCUUCAUUUAGUGGUAAAGAAGAAUUGGAAAAAACAUCAUUAAUUGUAUUACGUAUUUUAGAACAGGCUCUUAGUUUGCAACAAAGGUUUUUAAAUGCAUCUAUUUCUUGUGGUUCACCUCUAAUAUAUACUGGAUUACAUAAAACUCUUGUUAGUAUUAAUGUAACUACAAAUGAACCGGAUUAUAUCAUCGAUUUAUCCAAGUAUGUAUAACUUUAAAAAUAAUACAAAAUUCAUAAUUAUAUUUUGUUCUUAUUUAUAGGUUCAUAACUUAUACACACUUACCAGAACAUUCCUAUCACGCAAUUUGUAUUUUAAUUAAUAUAACUUCCUAUCCAAUACCUCAGUCACAUAUGGUGUCUUAUUUUACUUCCAAUCCUCAGCUUACAAUUGCUAUUCGACAUGGAUUUGUACAGUGUUUAGAAGAAGAAGAAUCAACAAAGGUAUUCCAUUUAUAUAUGUUAGUAAUUAUGUAUUAUUAAAUUUAGUUGAAAAAGAGUUAAAAAUUGUUUAAUAUUAUUUACUAUAAAGUUAUAGGUAUAUUUGUUAUAUUAACAUUCAUUUAAAAAUAAUUACAUUUUAAAGAGUAUAAUUCUUCAUUUAUUUUAUAAAAAAUAUGAAUUCAUUUGAAUACAAACAAUAAGUUCAUUAAUUAGUUAAGAUAAAAUUUAGUUCAUUCAUUUCAAUUUGAGAUAAUUAAUGUUUACAAUUUUAAUUUGAUCUCUUCCUUAAGGUAUGUUUCCCUGCAAUUCCACUAUUUUGGCACUGCAGGAAACCUUUAGACUGUUAUGGUGUCUUAUAAUUGAAUGCUACUUAAAAAAAAAAUGUAUAUAUUUAUUGUUUUCUAACUUAAAUUCUGUUGAAAGGAUAACCUGCCCCAAAUAUAUUUCAAGCAGAACAAACAGUGCGGUAUUUAUCUGAUGAUCUAAGUACAGCCAAAUAUUGUGUGACAAUCAUAAAAUAUUAAUUACUAUUAAAAAGAAAUCACAACAAAAAAAGUUUAAUUUUGUCAAUUUCUAUAAACUUUAUUAUGUAACUGAGACAUGACAAUUUUAAAUUUUGUUACAUUUUGUUCUUAUACCAGGAGACAACUUCUCGGGAUAUAUCAAUUUAGAAAAAAAAAACUUAAUUUAUUCGACCCACUCUAAUACGUACAUCUGUUAUACUUAUAACAUUUGCUUUUUUAAUAAAAAAAAAAAAAAGAUAGAUAUUAUUUUGGGCAUUAUACAUUUUUUCAUUUUGUUUAGUUUUUAGAAGAAUCAAAUGACAAGUCUACUGUAAAAAAAUGUAAAGAAUCCAUUUUAAAACUUUUACUGCAAUGUUUGAAUUCAGCACCUCCAAAUUUGGCCCAUUAUUUAUUAGGAUUUAAUUUAGAUAAUGUGCCCAAAACAUGUUUUGAAAAUGCUGGUAAGUUAUAAAAUAAUUAAAUGGAUUAUAAUACAUAAUGUGAUUUAUUUUAAUUUAAAAUAACAAAUAUAUAAUAGGUGUGAAUGGGAAUCCUCGAAACUGUUUGCACUCUAUUAUUGAUAUAUUAGAUGAUGCAUUGAAAAGUCGUAAAAUUGGAGGACUUGGUAAAAAUCAUUCAAAGUUAUUAGAGUUAUGCUAUCAACUAAUAUAUAUAUUAGUUUCAAGUAAUCGGACAUCUAAGCCUGUGUUGGUAUAUUUAAAAUCACGUAGUGACUUUGUUUUACGGCAUGCUUCUGCAUUGCCAUUUUAUUCCGAAGGUCCUAACAAAAAAGUGAGCUGUAAGUAAUUUUAAACCACCCUUAAAAUAAUAAUUUAUAUUAUAAUUAUAUUUCAUAUUCAUAAAAAUUUGUAAUGACUUUUAUAGGUAGUGAUUUAAUACAAAUGAAUUGGUUGUUACGUAUAAUUGCUGUUGAAAUUAAAAUGCAUGUACAUCAAAAUUUAUUGAUGACAUUGACAAAAUUGAUACUAUUAUUUAUUGGAAAUGCAGACAAGAGAAACAAGUAAGAAUUAUAAAAGAUAUAUUUUAUUGUAUCUUCAAAAUGUAUUAAUAAAUGAAUAACUUUAAAGUGUAACUGGGUCUGAAUUAUUACAAUCUCAAUCAUCCAACAAUUUAUUUGAUCAUUCAACCCUUACACGAGAUAACGGUAAAUUUCUAAAAUUAUUUAACUAAUAACCUUUAUUUACUGUUUUUAACAAUUUAAUACUUUUAAAUAGAUCAAGAGGAUGGUAAAGAAGAUGGUAAAAAGUUAUUAAGUUUAUUGGGAAUUGUAGACCUUGAAUUUGAAACAACUUUCGAAGAUAUGCCAGAAUUAAAAUACCUUGAAUCAAAACUUAUUAAUCAAGUAAAAUUGUAUUUUGUUUACAUAAAUGAAUAAGGUUAGGUUAUAUUUCGCUCAUCAAAUGUAUCCAUUCAAUAAAGUUUGAAAGACCCAGAUGAAUAAUUGUAAGGUGAGCCGGUUAUUGUUACUAAAAGUGACUAUUUGGAGGAACUUGUUCUGAACACGCUCAAUUAUGUCACUAACAUCAAAAGUGUUAAGGUUUCAGAGAACUGAACCGUAUCCAAGAAUGGGGCCAAUAAGAACAUAGUUAAUAGUUUGAGUACCAUAAGGAGGUGAAACUAUCAGGAUAUAUGAUUUACAAACUUGAUGGAAUAAAUUAAUGAAAUAUUGUUAUAUUAGUGUCUAAAGUUUUAAGAUUUGAGAGAACUAAACCAUGUUGAAGGAUGGGGCCAAUAAUUACACAGUUAAAGGCAGGUUCAUACAAAUCAUUAUUUUCCUUUACGGAAUGUUUGUGUCCACAACAAAUAUUUAAAUACUCUGUCAUAAUCUAUACUUUUUAAAUUUAAAUAUUAAAAAUAAUAUUAAAAUAUAUUCUACAACGGAUACAUUUAAUGGUUACUUGAAAUACCCAUCUAUGCCGGACAACAUGUUCAUACGGUACAUCUUUUUUUGCGUGGCAGUCUGCCGCUCUUUUCUUUGAUCUAGACCAUUUCCCAGGCCAAUAAGAAAUUAUUUCCAUGUGGCAUCAAAAAAAAAGUGUGAAACAAAUUUUGUGCUGCGUGGCCUUGCUGCCCGGCAAAAGAUGCCCCUUGUGAACCUGCUUUAAGAGAUCGAGAACAACAAUGAGGAAAAAUUCUUGAAAAUUAUGAUUUAUUAUCUUAAGGGAAUACAAUUUAUUAUAUGUUUGUUAAUAAUGAAAUUUAUUAAUUAUAAUUGCUUUACAGUUAUUAAGUGAAUGUGAAAUUUCUGGUAAAGUUCCUUUAAUAGAUGUUAAGAAAUUGCAUUCUGUAUUGAUGAAUGAAUUAAAAACAAUAGAUAGUUCAUCACCUGUAAAAGCUAAUUUGCUUCAGGAGAUUCAAGUGAGUUUAUAUAUUUUUCUUAAUUGUGUAUUAAAUAAUAUUCAAAACUAUUAUGUUUAGGAGUUUUUAGCAUAUGCUGUAAACAUUAAUGAUAAACGUCUUCAAGUUAGUUGUAUGAUUAAAUAUUUUGACUCUUGGCAUCAAUUAACUGCUGUAAUAUUCAGCAUGGCUAAUUUGCCAUCCAUGGAGUUCCAACAAAGAUUCACAUUUGUAAUUGAUCUUUUAGUAUCGCUACAGAUUAAGGUUAGUAGUGUUAUGCUGUAUAAAACAAUUUUCUAUUAUGAAAUAUAUUUCAAUUAUGAUUUAAGGUGAUUCGUUAUCCUCAAAUAUCAGAUUUAUCAACCCUAAUUACAAAUUCUCAAUUACUUUUACUCAUUAAUUUAAAAAAUACUAUUGAUAAACAUUUGGAACUUUGUAUUGUAAAUCCAGACCUUAAUUUAGGGUCAUUUGUUACUGGGCAAUCUAGUGUGUAUUCUAGUAUGCUUCAAAAUAUACUUAAAUGUAUACAACAAUCCGGUAUGAAUAGAAUGUAUUAUACAAAUAUUACAAAACUAUCAUUACUAAUUCUUUUUUUGUAGGUACUCAAAAACUACGAGCAAGUUUGUAUUCUUCAUUGAUAGCAUUGAUUAAUCUUUUGGCCACUAAUAGUCGUACUCUUACUAAUAAAAAUUCUAAACAAAAGAGCAAUUCAUUGAGUGUAAAUCAACAGAUUCUUGAUUCUGAAUCUAUUAAAUUCAUUAAGUCUUUAAACUUUGAUCAAUACUUAAGUGAAAGAAUUUUAGAAGUAAUUUGUGUUGACUUAACAUCUGGUCAUGAUAUUUGCAAAGUAAUUAAAAAUACAUAUAACUAGUAUUAUUUCAAAUGUUAUUUAUAUUUUCUUUUUUUUUAGGUACUUUCAUACACAUUAUGUGAACUUUUAAUCGAUAUUAACCCAAAACUUAUUAGCUAUAUAUCUAAUCAAGGUUAUCUUAAAUGUAUUAUAUCUAGUCUUUUAGAAUCUGACUCAGAACUCAAAGAUUUGAUUUCAACAAAAAAUAAAACUUUGAAACCCAUUUAUGUAUAUGAAAAUAAAAUGGUAUUUAUAUAUUUUAUAAUUAUUUUGAGUUUCAUAUUUUAACAACAUUUUAUUCUUUAGAGUUUAUUGAAUAAAAUUGCUACCUACACAACUGGUGCUGAUGCCUUACUUAAUCAUCAAGCUAUAGCAUGUUUGUCAUCAGUGAAAGCCAUUGAUGCUCAUCCAUCCUUUGAAACAAGGUAAUUAAUUAUUAAAAUAUCUUGAUUAUUAUUUCAAUUAUUUUUUAAUUUGAAUACAGUAUUCUAUCAUAGACAUUAUUUAUAUGAAUUUUGUCUAUAUUGAUGUUUGUUCAAUUAAGUUGUGUCAAGUCUAGUCUAAAUUAUUUUAUUGCAAACCCGUUAACAAUAUAAAACAGAUAUAUUUUAAUAAUUCAAUGUAAGACUUAAUUAAUUCUGGCUACUAUAUUUUUAUAAAUUGAAAACAAUAACAAUUUGAUUUUAUUUAAUAUGUUAGCAUUUAUAUUUAUUUCUAAAUAAAUAACUAAAUUAAUACAAAUAAUAUCUGUAAUCUAAACAUCCCAAAUAUUUCCAUUUUCAUAUCUUCUUUUCUGUUGCCUUUAUCCCAACUAUUAGGAAUCUAUCACUCAUUCUAAACUUUCACUUGAUCAGAUCUCCUAAUUUCCAUGUAUUAUUCUCAAUCGCUUCCAACCAUUUCUUUUUCAGUUUUUUUGGAAAGGAUGGUAUAAGGAGAAAUGCUGACCUAUAUCUUGCAUUUAUUUUCAUUACAAAUCUUACUGCUUCAGAUUCUCUUUCUCCAUAUGCUCAAACCAUCUCGUGUCUUUUUUCUCUCAUUUUGUCCACUAUCAGAGCCACCUCAAAUCUACCUCUUAUGACGUACUCAUCCUUUUCUUAUCCUUCUGCUUGUCCACCUAAGCAUUCUCAUCUCUAGUACAUCUGUUAUAUUUUUCUGUAUACCAUCUAAAAUUCCGAAUCAUACAACAUAGUUAGUCUUGUUAUACUUCUGUAGAACCUAACUUUAAGUCUCAUUGGAAUUCCCUUAUCAUAUGAAACACAAAACAUUUAACAUUUCUUUCCAUUUUAUCUAACCACACAUAAUCCUAUGUUUCAAACAUUCCCAUAUACCCAAGUUCUUAAGCUAAGGAAAUGCAUAAUUGUAUUUUAUUUUUAUUUUCCUGUUAGUUAUUUGCUAUUGGGCAAUUGUUAACUUAUCGUUAUGGCAUAAUUAAAUAAUUAUUUAUCGAAUUUUUUUUUUUAGUAUUAACUGAAUAUUAUUUUUAUGUAUAGUUUUAAACGUUCUUUAAAAGAAUUUAUGCCAGAUGAAGGUGAUCGAUAUAUGAUGAUAUGUGCACCAGCAAUGUGCUUAUGUCAAACAAUCAUAAGUACACUGGGAACCCAAAAUAUGACCGCUAUUCUCCAAGUAAUAUAUUUAUAAAUUAAAUUAAUUUUAUUUUGAUUUAUUAUGCAUUUUUUAGGUUGUCUAUUAUUUGAUUAGUCAUCGUGAUAUUGUAACCAUUGCCCUUACAAAUUCAGCCCCUUUAUGUGAACAAUGGUAUCUUAAAGAACUUAAUCAAUUAACAUCUUUAUUAGUUAAUGUAACUAACGAUGGUAAGUUUUAAUAAUAAUACAAGCAAUUUUUUUUUUUUUAUAGAUUUCAUACAUAUAACGUUUAAAUUUUGAGAAUUUUUAUUAAUUAAUUUUAAUAUUUUAUUAAUGACCCAAUAUAAAGUGGAGCAAGAAGUGUAUUGGUUUUAUUGUAUGCUUUUCUUUUCUGUCAAACAUUUUGCUACUCAAAAUAUUGAUCUGAUAUUUUAAACUGUAGGGGUGGUUUCUGGUAGCAAAUCUUGUUUAGUUAGUGCUUUGAUAGAUCAUUUUUGAUUUUUCUUUAAUGGUUAAAAAUGUUUGUAAAAUUGGAAUAUUUAUUAUUUACACAUUAAUGAUUUCUGGUUUUUUAGAUUCUGAGCGGAGUGAAGAAGCUUAUGAUUUUACUAAGUUGUUUAUUUUUUUAUCCGUGGACAAAUUUUCUGAAAGGAAAUCGGACUGGGGAGGUACUUUAAAGAGGUCAAUUUUUGAUUUUCCAAGAAGUUUUUUUAAUAAAUUAGAUCAUAACCUUGUUCUCCUAAAUUAGAGAAGGCACAGGGUGCUGCACGCAAUGCAAUUUAAAUACUGUAUAUUUUCAUAGUCAUUAAUGGGGGUUGAAUUAAUACAUGCACAAGUAUUAAGUAUCUUGACUAAUUAAUGAGAAAUAUCAAAUAGGUACUGUUGACUGACCAAUUUUACCAACAUAGCUAUUCUACUUCAUCCAAUAUGAUUUGCUAACAGAUAUGACACACUUUGUUUAUAAUAAUAACUUAAAUUAAUAAUUGUUUUAAAUUAUUUAUAAUAUAACAAGUAGGUAAUAAUUAUAAAUUGCUUAAUUAACUUAAUUAUAUUUGUGUUUCAAAUUUCCUGGGUAAUGUGUACAUUGCUCAUGAUAUAAGAUAUAAGCUGUUCAAUAAAACGUUGGAUUUAUUCUCAUUAUCUUAGGAAGUAUUAACUUCGUUCAGAGUUUUAUUUUUGGAAAAUCUAAAAAGCAGCAACUCUAAGAUGUUACAUUUCCUACCUUUAUAUUUGGUGGUGAAUCCAUUACCACAGUUAUUUUAAAAUGGUAACAUCUGUUAAAAGUUCCAAAAAUAAAAUGUUGUAGUUUCACCUACAAAUAUAAAAAUAUAGUAUUUUUUAAAGUUUUUUAAUUCAUAAAUUGUCAAAAGAAAAAAUAAAAAAGAAAAAAUAACCUUUCCAGAAUUAAUUAAUUUCUUACGCAAUAUUGAUUAUUCUGUGUAUAACAUGUGUAUUAAAAUUGAAUUUUAAUAUAAAAUAUUUCUGGCUAAUAAUCUUAAUUAUUAUCUUAAUUAUUAAAUUUGUCUCUGAUUUUAUUUCUUAGAUAAAGGUCAUUAAAAUACAUAUAAUUUGAAGCAAAUUGAAGCAAGGGUGUAUUGGUUUCACAAUGUUUAUUUUUUUUUUAUCUGUGAAUAACUUAUACCAGCAAUUAUGCUCUGGUUUUGAGUUAUAGCACUUUUUAUGAAAGGAAAUCUGACUGGGAUGGUAUAUAAAACAGGUAUUUUUUUGAUUUUCCUAAAGUUUUCUUAAUAAAUGGGGGAAAAAAGGUUAGGUUAGGUACAAUAUUAAACAAAUAUUUGUGCCUAAUUAUAUUACCAUAAUAUCAUAUAUAUAUUGUUAACAAAGCAUCACUAUUAAUCAAACUCUGCUCAGAAUCAUUUAUCAUUAGCAAUGGUUUAUUGUUGCUUACAGAAAUACAUUAAAUUUCUCGUUUAUCUUCCUAACUUCUCAUGUGACACAGUGGUUCAACCAUCGUGCAAAGUAUUGUCUUCAAAUCUUUUUUUUCCAUAUGUGAAAUUAACAAUUUUGAUAAUGAACUUGCUAAUUAUUAAUUUUUCAAGCAAUUUUUUUAAAUCUUAAAUCUAGAACAAUUUUAAGUUUCAAAUAAAAUUUAAUUCAUUUUUUUAUUACAAAUUUCUAUUUUGCAAUGAUACUAAAAAAAUACAAUAAUAAAUUAAAUUAUUUGAAAUUUUAGAUUGUUCUAAUUUUUAUUUAGUAUUCAAGGUAUAAAAAUUUCCUUUAUAAGACAAAGUUAAAUUGUUGUUUCUAUUUAAGAAAAUAUUAUAUGAAAAAACAUUUCAAAAUUAACAACUAAUAAAUAUGUAUAAAACACAACUAGGUGAAAGUUUCACUUAGUUUAACUUUCAAAAGUGAAAAUUUAAAAUAGUGAAAUUACAAUAAUAAAUAUUCAUACAAAUUUGGUUCAGUUAGAAAGGUUAUAAUUUCAGAUUUGGAUGUCCAAGUUUGAGAUCCACUCGAUUGCUUCCGGUGUAGCCAUGUAGCGGUUGUUUUUACCUUUGUUGAAUGAUCAACUAUAUGUUCAAUUGUUUAUAUCAUACUUUCGCUAUCACAUUCUGGUGUAGGUCUGAGUCCCUAGUUACAUAGCAUUUGUCCAGUUUUACCAUGCCUUGUUCUAAUUGUAUUCCAAGUAACCUAGUCUGCGCUGCAAGUGGAACCCUGGUUAUCUGGUUGUUAGAUUUUUGAUAAGGUUAGGUAUUUCUGGGUUCUCGUCUUUCCAUUUGCUAACCAAUUUGACAAUUGGGUUGAAGCCAUCCGAUCGUUGGCUUUGAUUGAGCAGGUCUCCAAAGUGGUUUACGAGAUUUUAGUCUUUGUUUUUGGUUGUAGUUAAUAUCAUUAUUGAUUGACAUGCUAUUGUUCGAAAUGCAUUUAUUCCAUUCCCGUACAAGUGAAUUCAUUCUAUGUAUAUUUUGAAGUGUUAUAUUCAUUAACAUGGGGGGGGAGAGUCAUUGUAUAGGUGUUAUAGAUUUUAUAGUCCCCGUUAUAAUUCUCAUUGCAUUUAGUUGGAUAUCGAUUUUAUUUAUGUGGGUAGAGUUAAUCCAGACUAAAACGCAAUACUAGGCAGUGAGUAAUAGCUAAUGCCAUUAUUCUUCAUGUAUAAAGGUCUGAUCCCCAAUUAAUAUUGGCAAGUUUUCUAGUAAUAGUUUUUUUUUUUUUUAGUUUUAAUUUUUGCUGAAACCUUUGAAAAAUGGUUUUUGUAUGUCAGCGUCCUAUGCAGUCACUUCAAAGUAUGACAGUGUAUAAUUGUUAGCUAUUUAUUUUCCAUCGAAAAUAAUAUUUAUUUCAUGUUUAGCCUGUCUUAACGUCUUUGUUUAGGUUGUCAGGUUUUAUGAUUACUAGGAUUUUUGUUUUCUUGAACUAAUUAGGGAGUUUCCCAGUUUCUAGGAUAUCUGAGUAAAAUUUUGCUAAUCAUUUUCAAGUCUUAGGCCCAGUAUUUUUAAUAAAUUUUGAGUAGAUUUCAUCAAGCCCAGUAGCCUUACCUAUUUUAAUAUUCUUUAUUGCAGUUUCUAUUUCAUUUUCUUCAAAGUUUUUUUUGAAGCUAGUUUUUGCUUUGCAGCUGUUUUUAGUUGUACAUUACAGUAUACAUUAGGGUGGUCAUUAACCUAUAGGUAUUGAAAAUAAAUGUCAAAUAUUUGAAUUCACCGGCUCAGAAUUCUGUUAGGUACAUUGUAAAAAUAAUUUUUUUAAGUUAUGGAUAUGAUGAUUCAACCCCUUCAUGUGCUUCAAAGGGGUUGAAGUAAGUAUAAAAAGGGGAGUUUUUACAUACAUUAUUUUGAAUUUUGAAGACACAAAAAUUGAUCAAAAACUGUCUUUUAGUAAAAAAGAUUUCCUACAUAAUAGUUCUUUUUAAUUUUUCAGUGAAAUUUACCAUUAUAUGUGAAAAAUCAAUUUUUUGCUUAUAAUAGUAAGUUUCUCUGAUAUGUUAAAGAUAAUUAUUACAUAGGAAAUCAUUUUUUAUUAUAAUAAAGUGUCUGAUAAAUUUUUGUAGGUUAAAAAUUAAAAAAAAUCAUUAUCUUAAAAUUAUUUUCUUCCAUAUGUGUAAAAAAAAUUGAUUAAUAUAUUAAUUAGUUUGUUUUUUUGUAAAUAGAUAUAAAUUCGGAAAUAAAUUCAAGUGGUGACAAAGAUAUUGCUGGGUUAUUCCACCAUUACAGUGUUUUAAUGCGAAAAACCUUGAUCAGAUUUUCAGUUAAUUUAUCUAUAAUACGAGGAAUACGUAAAAAAUGUUCUGAAGAAUCUAGUCCUAAUGAUGGCGAUACAAAUGUUACUUUAUAUUUAAGAGUUUGUAAACUUUUCAAUUUUUAAAAAUAUAUUUAAUCAUUAACUUACUAAUAAGUUAUGAUUGCAUUUAAAUAGAUAACGUUGAACUUGUUAAAUUAUGUAUCAAAUUUAAUGGAUGGAGGAUGGGCAUCUGGAGGUCAAAAAUUUAAAAGAAGGAUUUUGGAUGUUUCUGUAUACGCUGACCCAUUUAGUUUUACUUCAAAUGGUAAACAAUUAUUAGUUUUCAAUUAUUUUUGUAAUAACAUCACUUUUUUUUAAAUUUAGAUGAUUUCAAUCAUGCUAAUGACUUGUCAAUGGGUACAAUUGUGACAACAAUGAUUCAAACUGUUGAACAUUAUUUUAUGCAAUUUAAUAAUAAAACAAGGGGUGAAAAUAAAAAGUCGCCUAUUCAUGUAACUAUAUAUUAUGCUUAGUAAUCUAAUUGCUAGUUCAUCUUUAAAUUAUUUGAAACUUAAAUCUUAAAUCAUAGUGUAUAUAAUACACUGUGAAGAAGAUAUAUUAUACUGAAUAUUUCAUAAUUAAGAGUAGUUUUUUCUUCAUCAUAAUUUAUCAUUUAUUUUAAUUUCUGAACUAUUUUAUUUAAAUUAUUUUAGUUGUUUGGUGAAAGUAAUAACGAGGUUGAUUUAGAAAAAAGUAAGGAUAUUGAAGGUGAUCAGAGUCAGCGUAUACUUUGUAAACAAAUUGUAGAAGUAUGUCUAUAUAUUUUAUGGGCUCAUACAGAUUUUUAUUUUAUGCAUAGUCCUGUUCAAAAUGUGCAUCAUCCAAAAGGAUUAAAUAGUAAGUAAAUUAUUAAUGAAAUUAAUUAAUUGAGAUUAUACAAUCUAUUUGUUUAUGGUUUAGGAUCAGGUAGUCCAAAUCAAGAAGAAGAAGAUGGUGUGACACCUAAUGAAUUAAAAGAAUUAAGACAGGGCUUGGUAAAAGUAUUUAAUGACGCAUUUCUUGAAAAACUUUUCGCAUUAAAUGAAGUAAGAAUUUCUAUAGUAUUAAUAUUAAAUAUAGUGUGUGUACUUCAGGUUUGUUUUAAAAUACAUAAAUUAAGGAAUAAUUUAUCCUACAAAAUAUUUAAUUUAUCUUCACAGUUAAAAAAGUCUCCGUUUUUAAGUUAGAUUAGUAUUAAAUGUUAAAACAAAACAAACUUUUAAGUAAAAUAUUAUCUUGGUUGGUAAACUACAAUUUAAUAUUCAUAAUCGAAUAGAAAAUUGACAUAAAAUUUUUUCUAACCCUGAAGGAAGAUUGUUGUGACUAUAUUUGAUUAUAUAAUUCAUUACAAUUAAUUACUUUAUAUAUGUUAAUGACAAUACAUUUUUAUAUUAUCUUGAGCAAAUAUGUUUUAAAAUCACUUUAAGUAAUACAUCAAUCAUAUGGAUUGUUUGAUAUGUUUACAAGUUACAACUAGUGAUGGAUUUACCAGCUGUUACUUAUAAAAAUUCAUUCACGUAGACAUUUAUAACUCAAAGAUUUUGUGAAAGAUAGAUUAUUGAUGUAGAUAAAGUGAAUAUACUCUCAGCAAUUAGAUGUAGUAAAAGAUAUCUUAAAAAUGCUAAUAUGAUAUUUUUAUGAAAUUUUAUUUUUUCCAUGCUCUCCUAAAUUUUUCUAUUUAUCAUUAAGUUUUAUGCAAAAAUAAAAGUCUAGGUACCUAGGUUGUUUAUGUUGAUUGAAUAUGUCUAGGAGAAGCCAAUAUUAAUAUAUAAUAUUUAUCAGAAAUAUUAAAUAUAAUAAAAAUUGUUUCAUUUGUUAAAUCCUUGUGGGACACUGUAUAUGUGAAAUCAGCUAUUUUUUAUUUUGUUUGAGCAAAUUGAUAAGUGAGACAUAUAAAAUUGACUUUUAGACUAUGCAGAAACAAGUUUCAAACAUGGGUUUUGGUUCCCUACGCACUAGGUAUAAAUGGCUAAGUCUUGUGUGGCCACAUGAUCUUCUCGUGUAGGGUAAGCUUGAUUAAAUGGUUUGGCCAUUUUUUGGUUUAUGAUUUUAUUUUUCUCAUUGGGUUUGCUACUGGGAGGGGCAUAUGAUUUUUAGACCAUGAAUAACGUCUUUAUAUGUUACACGUGUGUAUGCAUAUUUUGAUUUCUGGUGUUCUUACUGCUUUAGCUGCCAAUUCAUCAGUGUGUUUAUUGCCUGGAAUGCCAAUAAGGGAUGGAAUCCACAUAAGUUUGAUAGUUUUGUUGUGAGGAUUAUGUUUUGAAUGCUUCAGGCAUAACUGCAUUUGGCAUUUGUGUUUGAGGAAAUUGCACUCAUGGACUCACUUAGGAUGAGAACAUUUUCUUUAUCAAAUAUGAUUAUUGAGGGAGAAAUGGCUUUAAGUAUUACUAUAGUUUCUGUAGUGUAUAUGCUGUAGAAAGAGGCAAGUUUGGAAAGAGUGGUUUUUUUGUGCGUGUGUAGUGUUAAAACUAAUUUCAUUGAAUGUAUUAAUAAUUAGUCUGUGGGGAGUAUCUUUUUUAUUGAGUUAGGUAAGUUCUCUAUUGGUUUCUAUGUGGUUUGUGCUCCAUGGAGGGAUUCUUGAGAUGAAUUUUGUAUAUUUUAUGUUUUUAAUUUUAAACAAUAUAUCUAAGAGUAUGUCAUGAAACUUUAUACAUAAUGGUUUCAGGAAAUAGUUUCCAUCAUGUUUAUUUGGAGAAUAGAUAUCUUUUUGUUUGCGUAUUUAGUAAAAAGGAAUUUUCGUCUGACAUCCAGUGGUAAGCAGUUGGCUAUGCAUAACAUACCAGCCACUAAACUUAAACUGAAUGAUUUGAUAACCAUUCUGAUUUUUUUAUAAUAUUGAGUAUUUUCAUAGUGUUGAUGGACCUGUAAAUGGUUAAUCUGUAGGCUAAUGUAGAUUGUAUCAAGGAGUUAUAGAAAAUUAGGUGUGGUUUUGGAUUCGUUCCUCAUUUAAAAUAACUAAUAGAUUUAAUUUAUUCAGUUUUUUGCAGUUGAAUAUAUUACUUAAAAUUUUUCAGGGGGAAAUUUAAAACCUGUUUCUGAGGACCAUUGUUUGAUGUUUAUUAAAUUUUGUACGAGCUUGUUUUGAUGUUUAAUCUUGAAUAGUGUAUGCUGCAGUCAUCGGUGUAUAAUUUUAACUGGAGGUGCGAUGUGUUUGCCAAUGUCAUUGAUGACUAUUAGAAAAAAUGUUACACUCAGCGAAGAUCUUUGGAGGUUUUAAGAGCGGACUACAAUUGUUUAUUUCAAAAGGGCUUUUGCCUAGUUUUGAAAUGGGAAUUAUAUGUGAUCUCUAUUUUUUGAUAAACGUGUUAUUAAUUCAGAUGAGAUUAAAGAUUAUAAGUAAAAGUCUAGGGAUGAUUGAGACAGUUUUUGAUAAAAGAAAAAGGUAAUCCGUCGGGGCCGGUGUUUUGCUCCAUUUUUUUUUUUUUAUAAGUUCUUUGAUUGUAAGGAGAGAGUUAAUAUUUUAUGUAAAGUUCUUCCAAGAGUUAGUUUUGAUUAGUUAUUUGUCGUGAAAUUGUAUUUGCAUGUUUUUUAGUUUAAUAUGGUCAAUUUGUAAUUUUGUUUUUGUUUUCUUGGAGCGAUUUAGUGCUUUUUUUGUAGUUUUGAUUGCUGAUAUGCUGCAAUCCUCAUUCCACUAGAGACUUAAGUUUGAAAUUAUUGAAUAGUCUGUGGUUGAACACGUACUGACUUUUUAAAUUAAGCUAAAUUAAAAGAUUAUUAUUUAAAUUCUAAGUAAAUUAAAGGAUGAGUUAAAUAAAAUUAUGUCUAUUCUUCAAAAACAUUUAAAGCAGUAAAAAAAAAAAAUCCAUUCAUGUUUGGUAAAAAGUUUUUAAUUAUUCAAUAUUUUAUUAAGUGUAUUCAACAUUUUGCGUGUUGUUGUAAUAUAUCUUUUUUUUUUUUAAAUAAGUUUUAUAUGAAAUAAAUAUAAAAUAUUAAAAGUCGGACUUUGACCAGCCAAUCGAGGAUAGAAAAUCAAUUGAUUAAAAAUUAAUAACUGUAAUAUAAUUAUAAUCUUACAUCUAAAAUGUAUUUUAUUAUUUAUUUAAUUAUAUAUUGAUCGAGUGCCAACCUUAGUAAAUAUACAUCAGACGCGCGUUUGAGCAAUUUAUUCAAAUAUGAAUAAUAAUUCUAAAAGAUGUACAUGUACUAUUUUUAACUUCUUAUAUUAUUAUGUCAUUAUGUUAUGUCUGGACUUUUUACUAAUUAUGUUAGCAAAAUAUAUAAUUGCUGUUUAUUUUAAAAAAAAAAAAACUAAUAAUAAUAAUUUUUUUACAGGACAAGUCUGAAGAUACAUUUGUACAAGUGAUGGUUCACAGGAUCAAAAAACUUUUACAAUUUGUUAGUUCAUAAUAAAACUUAAGUAGUUAUUUAAAUGAAGUCUUAUGGUUUUAUUUACUUUGUACAUUUAUAUAGAAAUAUUUAUUUCAUUUUAUACAGUUAAUAUAAAUUUUCAAUGUAUACAUUUACAACUCAUAAAGACUCAAAUUUGUUUUUUAUAAUAUUUAUAUACAAUAUAUGAUAAUAGAAAACAACAUUUCCCUGUAAAAAAAACUAAUCUAGAAAUUAUGGUUCGAAAGUCUUUAAAAAAGUUCUUUCAUUAAAAUAAAAUAAUUAUUUUUAAUUUUACUAAAAUUAUUAUUAUUUUAAUAAAACAAUUAUAGAAGAGAAUAAUGUGAGGGAAAUGAUGGAAUUAAUUCCACACAAAGUCCAAGGGUAAUUGAUAAAAGUAACAAAUCCCAACAGUUAUUGGUUUUACAAAAUAGUCAAUUGAAUAAUAAUUAAAAAAAAAAAAAACAAAACUUUGCAACACUUGGAGAUCACAAAUAAAUGUUAAAAAAACAUAAAUUCACUUUUUUUUUUAAAUUUAUGAAUCCAGUUUUGUUUUGAAAGACUAGCAGCGUUAUUAACCUACAGAAAAAACAUGUAUUAGGUCUUAUCUGGUGGGCCAGCGAUAUCUUGAUCUUCCAAAUCGCUAUGUGAAUUUUCAUGUUUGGCUAAAGGAAUGGCAUCAACAAAUUCUCUUGUAGUAAUUUCAAUACGACGUAACCAUGACACGCGUUCAUCUUCAUCGGUUUCAUCAUCAUCAUUCAUAUCAUUUUCCCCUAAUAA